AUGUUGGCACCGCCAGCGCACAAAUCACUUUUCAGGUACGUCGACGCCAAUCACAGCAUCGAGAAGACGUUCGACUUGGAUCAUCGAGGCGGAUUCACCGUCUACAAAGUCAGCUCUACCGGAUGCUGGAGUCUUCUGCACGCCUUGGUUGCUGCGCUCACCAUUCAGCACCCUUCUUAUGAAUUCUCCGUUUUGGAUCUUUACUACUACUACAAGAAAGCUGUAGAUGAUGAGCCAGUCAAUCGGGUGUCCAGCGCCGGUUUUGUCGCUACUGUCAAGCCUGCGGCAGACAACUGCACGUUCGACUGGGACAUCACUGCCCAGGCGAUGGACUCUGAUAUGGAGUACCACGGAUUUGGCCCAUACACAUUCAUUCUGGUACAACCUCCAAGCAACAAGACGACCCCGCCCGCCGUCUUGUGUCUUCACCGUCCCAUGCGCUUUGAAAGACAGGGCAGUUACACAGAUGAAGCGCGCAGGGCCUCUGAAACCGUGGCAGGCGACAAGAACCGGGUGGACGAUGACUCUAGCGGAUUAGACCCGGACAAUGAUCACAUUAUCAUGAGCGACUCCCCGAUCGUGCUCAGUCCAUACUCGAAGGCUUUGGACGAGCACAAGGGCAACGACAAUAUGCUUUCCAAGCCAUUCCAGGAACCCGUGGCCGAGAUUCCCAACCCAGCCGGAGACAACAUGAAGAAGACCAAGAAGGACAAAGAGAAGAAGAGCAAGAAGAGCAAGAAGGACAAGAAGGACAAGAAAAAGAGCAGGAAGGGAAAGAAGGACAAGAAGAGAGACAAGGAAGACGAGCAAGAUGCAUCUCGGUCAACCUCGAAGAGGCCCAGAACGGAAAGCAGCCACGAGGAGCACAUGUCUCCGCCAGACCCGAAGAAGGCCAAGUCUCAUCACAAUGACGAAGAGAACACCAUCCUGCCAGCCCAAGAUGAUUCGAGAGGCAGUGCCCCAUCCAUCCCUCGCGAUGACCCACUCGCUGGCCUCGUAUGA